AUUCCAACUCAAUGCCUCAAAAUAUAAAACUCAUAAUAUAAAAGCAAUAAGUAUAAAAAAAAAUAAAAUAAAUAAUAGUCAACAAAAUUCCAACAAGAUAUGAAAAACCAUGGGAAUUGAAUAGCAACCUUCUUUUCACCCGCACGCAAUAACUACUUCCAACGGUCCCUCCAACGCUUUCCUAAAACCCCAAUCACAUUGAUAGCACCGUUCCCAAUACUCUCUUUAUUACUCACUCUCACACUCUCUCCGCGUGCGUCGUUGGAAACGUAUACCCACCGGCGCAUUCUAGCACAACCCCCCACCAUGUCUCAGUCUCACCCCAUCGCCGACGCUAACGAGAGCAGCCCCUUCGGCUCCUACACACCCGACGAGUUCUACGCUCGCCAUUCCGUCGCUCACGCCUCCAACUACAUCACCAAUGCCAGAGGUCUCAAGCUCUUCACCCAGUGGUGGACCCCACUCCCUCCUGCCAAAGUCAUCGGCACCCUAGCCCUCGUCCACGGCUUCACCGGCGAGUCCAGCUGGUUCCUCCAGCUCACCGCCAUCCACUUCGCCAAGGCCGGCUUCGCCACCUGCGCCAUUGACCACCAGGGCCACGGUUUCUCCGACGGACUCACCACCCACAUCCCCGACAUCAACCCCGUCGUCGACGACUGCUUCCUCUUCUUCGACGAGUUCCGAGCCCGUUACGACCCUUCCUUGCCAUCCUUCCUCUACUCCGAGUCCCUCGGCGGCGCGAUCGCUCUCCUCAUCACGCUCAGAGCCGGCCAGACGUGGGACGGGCUCAUCCUCAACGGAGCCAUGUGCGGCAUCAGCGCCAAGUUCAAGCCGCCGUGGCCCCUGGAGCACCUGCUCUUCCUCGUCGCGUCCGUCGUGCCGACGUGGCGCGUGGUACCCACACGCGGCUCGAUCCCGGACGUGUCGUUCAAGGAGGAGUGGAAGAGGAAGCUGGCCGUGGCGAGCCCGAGGAGGACGGUGGCGAGGCCACGCGCCGCCACGGCUCUGGAGCUGGUGAGGAUUUGCAAGGAGCUGCAGGGGAGGUUCGAGGAGGUGGAAGUGCCGCUGAUGAUAGUGCACGGAGGAGACGACGUCGUCUGCGACCCGGCGUGUGUGGAGGAACUGCACAGACGCGCCGCGAGUAAGGAUAAGACGCUGAGGAUCCACCAGGGGAUGUGGCACCAGUUGGUUGGUGAGUCUCAGGAAGACGUCGAUAUGGUGUUUAGGGAAAUGGUGGAGUGGCUGAGGAGUAGAGCCCAACGCGCUUCGGCGGCGUAAGGUGAUGCACGUGAUUCUGAUUGUGGAUACCGGUGGCUGCUUUAGCCGUUGCAAAAA